CUAAACAUUUCACUGCGCGAAAAAUCACUUACACUACACACACUCGCAUCCCUCUCUCCCUCUCUCUCUCUGUCUGUCUCCACACCUCUCUCUCUCUCUCUUUUUUUUUGACCCUCUCCAUCCUUGCUUGUGUUCGCAGCUUGCUGUGCUCAAGUCGCAAUGUUCUAAAGGGAGAAAUUAGACACUUCUGCACCCACUCAGGACCCGUUUCUUUUCCAUCUUCUCCUCUCUCUCUCUCUCUCUCUCUCUCUCUCUCUCUCCUCCUGCCUGACACGAACCACCGCUCGGACACUGAAGAAGAAGAAGCAGAAGCAGAAGAAGAAGAAGAAGAAGUUCAGAGCACGUGACAAAGAGCCGGAACUCCUUUUAUUUAUUAAUUUUUACGCUCUUAUUUAUUUAUUUAUCUCUAUCACUAUUUAUUUGCAACCUAUUUAUUAGCUUACUUCAAGGAUCUCCACAAACAUGAAAUUGCUGCUCGACUCCUCCUCCUCGCUGCUCUUCUCCGUCCUAUUGGCUCAGCUGCCGUUGUUUACGUCGGCGCUUCCCGCCCACACGCGACGUCCCCACGCCGAUUUCGACAAGCUGACCAACCAGACGAGACAUCUGCAGAAGAUGACCCACGACCUGAUCAAUGACCACAAGGGUGAGCCGGUGAUCGACCACCACAGGUUCAAGUCUCUUCCAGCCAUCAACAGCAGAGCCAAUGACCUCAGCUCACUGGAGUUGAAGCCUACGCUUUCUCAGCUCCAAGCUGACUUCAAGACUUUCGAGCACCAUUUCGAGUGGCUGAACAAGGUGUCACAGAAGCACCAUCACUCCUCGGCAUCAAAGCUAGGCGAAAUGAUCACACAUAUUAAGAGUCUCAACAGCCUGCUACAGCGCCAGAUACAGCAAGUGGACGCCCCUCGAAUCAUCGUACCUCCUCCCUCCUUCCCUCCCCAACCCUCCUCCCAAUGGGAGAUGAAUCAGUCUUCACAGGUGCUUCUUCAGAGGUUCAGGCUUUUCUGUGAUUGGGCGGUGCGUGCUUUCCUCAGCCUCAAGUCCAAAACGCAGGCAUGAGGGCUGCUGUCAGUCCCGCAGCCAAUCACGACCCACCAUUUCUACACUACAGCAACUGGCCAUUCCUCUGUCCCUCUGUGAACUACCAGCCUGGUGCAUAUGUGAGCUGAUCAAAUGGCAGCAGCGUUAUCGUCACUGAUCUGUAGUCAUUGGCACAUUGAAACCACAGCUCCCACAGCUGUGAGUGUUUGGACUACAGCGACACAUCACUGCCAACAGCCUGCUUCCGAUCAUCUGCAUAAUUUCAUCUAAAUUUCACUUUCUUCUCUCGCUCGUCAUUUUUUUUUUUAAUUCAACCUAUUCAUUAUUUAUGUAUUUAUUUAUUUAUUGAGCGGUUAUUUAGUUAUUUAUUUGGUGUCAUUAUUUAUUUGAUUCUUUGAGGAAAAAAAAAAAACACCGUCAUUUUCUUUACCAGUUAUGUUCAAGUUUAAAAAUAAAUUGUACUGUCUUCCUGUUUUCCAUCUUUCUCUCUUUUCUAUAUUAUUGUCUUCUAGCCAUUCUUCCAAAAAUCUGUUGAUAUGCCUCCUAUUUAACAAAUUGUAUUCUUCCUUGUGUCUUUUUUUUUUUUUUUUAUUCAGGAGGCAUGUGUUCUCGAUUGUUACCUAGAUUGUUUUUGCCACUAGAUGUAGCAAUAUUGCUGGGUUUGUAAGGUGUCUCUUAAAUUAGCAAAUGGGGAAAAAAGUGUCACAAAGCACUGACCUACACCAUUGCUGCCUUUUUUCUCCUUUUUUUUUUUUUUUUUGUCUCCUUCUUUGCACAGUAUAUUUGGGUUUGUGUUUUGGAUCCUCUGAUUCAGAAGAUGUGCUUUGACGACUAACCUGUUCUUAAGCAAUGUUAAACGAAAGAAAAAAAGAGAAACAACCCAAGCCUUAAAAUACUAUGUAUUGUGAUAUCGUGAUUAUUUGGUAAUGUACAGGUGUACAUACAUCAUCCUGAAUGUAAAUUGUUAUGUACAGCGCAAAUGUGUAUUAUAUUAUAGUUUUCUAUGAUAUAAGGCCCCUUGCUCUGGCAAUUGUAUCGCAAUAUCAAAAUUAUUCUCUUUUCAUUUUUUUUUUUUUUUUUUUUGUUUUGUUUUUUUUUUUAGUAUUUUGAUAUACUAUUUAUUAUGUUUUCAUGUUAUUUAUUUUCACUGAAGAGAAGCAAGCCUUCUGUAAUUUUUAUACUUUUAUACUACUUAUAAUCAGACUUUAUCAUUGCUAUUGAAAUUUUAAUGUUCAACCGCAUUGCGUCACAUGCUGUAAGAGACAUUGCUGUUUGACAGAAAGGUGUCAAGAGUGUGUCAGAUUCAAUAAAGGAGUUAAUAGCAACGACUAUUGCAC